UUUCCCCCUCCUUCCAUUUGCAAUUUUCCUAAUAAAACACGUCUGUGUUUCCAGCAGGACUAACUCGCCGGGUUGAAAAUAAAACUAUGCUGAAAUUUGCGAUACUCUCCCUUUGUGCGGGCUUUGUGGUUGGGAGCUCAAUUCACAGAAGUGGACAUGUGGACAUCACCGACACAUUGGAGGCGCAUGUGUCACAGGGACAAACCACUUUAAACGAGAUGUUCAGGGAGGUGGAAAAACUGAUGGAGGACACGCAGCAGAAAUUAGAGGAGGCUGUGCACCAGAUGGACAACGAGUCUUCAAAGUCGCUGCUAUAUGGACGCAACUUUCCUGCCAGUUUCCACAAUGAAACUACAAGUGAGAUUAAUGUUGGAAACAGGACCUUCAAACUGAUAGAGAGGAUCGACAAGGAAACCGACAAUAAGACUGGGAAAACACAAUUUUCCAGAACUCUCAUUCAAAGCACUGGACAGUGGAAUGAAGUCGAUCACGAGUGCAUGAUUGAUGAGGAUUGUGGGGACGGCAGCUACUGCCUGUAUGAGAUUGUCACCUCCAAAUGUAUGCCCUGCCAGACGGCUAAUAUGGAAUGUACAAAGGAUGAGGAGUGUUGUGGCGAUCAGCUGUGUGUGUGGGGUGUUUGUGCUCUGAACAGAACUAAAGGACAGUCUGGGACAAUCUGUCAAUUCCAGACUGACUGUAGUCCUCAACACUGCUGUGCCUUCCACAAAGCCCUUCUCUUUCCUGUGUGCCGCCCCAAGCCACAAGAACGCCAGAGCUGUCAUGAUCACCCUAACCAGCUAAUGGAGCUAUUACUGUGGGACGAUGAAGGCCCGCUUGAGCACUGCCCAUGUGCUGCAGGUCUGCACUGCCAGCCUCUCGGGAAAGAAUCAUUGUGUGUGAGUGAGAGAAACACGUCUGGUGAAGGCAUCGUGGACUGAUCUCCAGGAUCUUCUCCAGAAUGAAACUAUCCAUUGUUCACAAAGUCAGCUCUGCACUUUGCAUGUUAUAUAUAUAUAUAUAUAUAUAUAUAUAUAUAUAUAAUAUUUGCCUGUUUUUAUGUUGCUUUCAGCUAAUAUGAGAAUUACUCCUGUAGUACUUAACUAAAAGAAACUGUACUGUAGAAGUAAAUCAAUUUUGUAGAUUUCCCCACAAAAUCGGCACAACACAAAAAAUGUGAAUUGUGCAGGUUCUGUCUGGGCCUAAACAUUUGUCAUAUUUUAAUUUCUAAUGCCUGUAUCUACAGAAAGCUCUGCAUUCUACUUGCAUGAUUGUGCCUUCUUAUUGUCUCCUAAUUUAAUGGGAUGUGCUCUUAUUUAUGAUAUAACUUUAUUUUAUUGUCACUGUAAUAUUUUGUUAGAAUAUGACAAUGUUGACCAAGCUUGACUUUGUGUUCCUUCUUAAUAAAUAUGGUUUCAAUUCAAGAUUAGUAUA